AUGGAUCCCAUGUGGAUUGGGAUCUUGGUAGAUGUGGGUGGGCCUGGUUUGAAUGCCAAGAUACAGAUGGGCCCAGUUGGAAUGCCAAGGAUAGGAACACGGGAGCAUAAGGUGCCUGAUUUUCUUGGUGAUGAGAUUGAGUUCUUGGUUGAUUUGGGAAUUGAGAGGGAAAAAGUUGGGGCCAAACUUGGGAUAUAUAUAGGGAACAACUAUUUCGGCCACAUUACAGGUGGAAUUUCCCAGGGCCAAUGGAUGAGUGAUUUUAUCCCCAUAGACCAGUGGACACCCCCCAGGGUGACACACAAAUUUAAAGAUUUGAAAUUUCGAAGAUACAACAUCGGUCUGGAACAUCGGAUUGAGAUGCUGGAAAGUCAUCUGGGCAAUUCAGAUCCCAAUGCUUAUGACAGGGCCUAUGCCGGCAUCGAUGAGUACAUCAAAGAGCUUGCUGCAAUGUGCAGCCAGGAUUGGAUCUGGGACCAACACCCGGCGUCCACAGAGUCUCUGAUGACAGAGUGUCUUCAUGAGGAGGAAGAAAUAGGAGAGCUCAUGGAUGAAGACACUCCCUUGUAUGAUCUUGGGUGGACCCAAGACGAGAUGUCUGCUUUGGGAGAGAGUUUGAUCUCAGAUAAGUUGAUCCAGCGUGAUGGGGCAAUCAAUGAACACGAUGAUGGACCUGUAUACAAUCUCAGGUGGGGACCAACACCAUUAAAUCAGGUCGACAAAGAUGGCGCCCCAUUGUGCAAUCUUGGAUGGGGAGGAGAAACAUUGGGUGGUGAGCUUGAACAUCCAGGCAUCAAAGUGCUUUUGGAUGGUGAUGACUCACCAGGUUACAAUCUUGGGUGGGGAUCUGCGUCUGCAUCGUCGGGUGAUGCACCAAUGGAACAAGAUGACACCAUAUCCAAGGAUGGAGAUGGACCUGGAUAUGAUCUUGGGUGGAGAAACCAAAGUGGAAGGGAUGUCACCUUCACCUACUCUAGGAACUUCCCGCCCAUGCAACUGGAUGUGAUAGACCUGACGGAUGAAUGGGCUGACGCCCGAGCAGAGAAAGACAUAAUCGACCUCACCAAUGAAGAUGAGCCAGUUUAUGAUCUUGGGUGGGGAGUCCAAGGAAAUGAGGAGGGCAAUGCCCCUCGCCAUCCUCUCCCAGACAAAUGGACUUGGACGAGGACUUGGAUCAUGGCUCGUCAUUGGAAGUGGGUGAUAUCGACCAUCAAGCCGAACAGCAGAGGUUCCAUACCAAUCGCUGGCUUAAAUCAAUUGGCAAUGAUGUAUUUAUCUCUGGAGAAUGAGGAUGGGAUGCAGUAG